AGAGAUUUCACAAGAAAGGAAUGCUCUCUGCAUUACACAAAAGUCAAAAGUUUCAAACCACAUGAAGACAGAAAAUAUUGAAGUCAUUCUCAAUUAGAAUUCACAAACUGAUUAAUCAUCUACUGGUUUCUUCAGUAUAUUGCCAUUAUUCUACGUCGUCUGUUCGUUAAUACAAAAAAAAAUAAAAAAAACUUUGUGUGACUUAUCAUCUUGCCGCUCGCCGCGACCAUCUACAAUAAGAAUUUAAGAAUGGCCGAACGCCCCAAUGCGCCCGCCCCAAUCAGCGAAAAUAUCCCCGAGAACAUUGAGAGUUUCCCAGAAAAUAUAAUUCCCCAUCAGUCGGUAGAGCCCGAAACUACAACGUUAAGAUCACGUACCAUGACCGAAAAGGGUUUAGAGUACGCAAAGGAACUUAAAGCAAAAACCGCAAAAGCCGCGACCGACCAUUUCCGGCAAGUCAUAUCCGAUUUCCUGGCACAUUUAAGCUCAUCAAAUAAUAAAGAACAAAUAUUGAAAGAACUUAGUCAUUGCAAUGCCCUAGCAGAAAGCGCAACAACGAAAUUAAACGACUUCUACGAUCUCAUAAAAGAAACGCCAGAUUCACAAGAAGUGGCCGAUUCACAGUUAGAUAUCCAUCAGUCGAUUAAUGAGGCUAAGAAAAUAGCGCAUGAGAAGAUAAAAACUCUCGAGUACCAAGCCGACAAAAUGUCAGUAAUUUCCUCUGCGUCACACUCUUCACGGAGAUCAUCAAAAAGCUCGAAAUCCGCAAGAGAUACUUUAAUCGACGUGCGAGCUAAGCGUGCUGCCUUAGAAGAAAAGAUCAAAUUUAAUAAUUCAAUCUUGGAACAGGAACAAAAACUAGCAAAUCUUAAACUGCAACAAGAAUUAAAUGCAACAAAAGCCGAAGAGGCCGUUUAUAAAGAAGCGAUCUCGCUAGAAGAGUUUGAACUGCCCAUCGAGAAAGAGAAUUUAAUAAGCCGUUUCCUGUCCGAGGCACAAACAACCAAACCUGUUAUCACAGAUCCGAUCCAAAGUUGCUUAUCUCCCUUUAACUUUCCUAACACCGAAAGUUCUCUCGUAUACACUAAACCGCAGCGACCCCUUACCGCCAACACGUUCGUGACCUUUCAGACCACUCAAGUACCUGAGAAUCGUCCCUUCAUCAGCCAAUCCCAAACAAACCCGCCAUCAACACUUACCGCUUGGCACAACGCACAAGAGUUUACGCCGAAAAGCUCCACUGUCUAUCAGGAAAUUCAAAAUGCCCAGCCAAUGUCACACAACCAAAAUGUGCAGUCAUCUGACCCGUCACGCCAUUACAAUGGGAUACCGAAUCAAAGCGUCACACAGUCCUACCAACAGCCCUUGCAGACAGAUAGCGUCAAACAAAUAGCCGAAGCCCUUGCUAAAGUCACACAACUCCAGCGCUUGCCGCAAGCUAAGCCAGACAUCUUCACCGGGGAAGGGCCCCACACGAAAUUCUUUGUCUGGGAAACAGCGUUUGAUGCAUUAAUAGACACUGCCCUGGUGAGCGCGCAGCAAAAGCUCUAUCUAUUGUAUCAACAUCUCGGCGGAAAGGCUAAACUAGUAGUAGAGCAAUUACAGUACAUGGUUGGCGCAGAUCCCGACACUGCCUACCGUGAAGCUAGAAAUAAGCUGAGAAACCGCUUCGGACGCCCAGAUAUAAUAGCGACAGAAUUUGAAACAAAACUAACUAAUUGGCCAAAGAUAGCGCCUAACGAUGGAAAGGGGCUACGCGAAUUUAGUGACUUUCUGUAUCAAGUGCAAGUUGCAAGCGCGCACAUAUCAGCCCUUAAGAUUUAUGAGUUCCCUUCAAAAAUACAGUCCCUAGUAGAAAAACUCCCGGGAUGGUUCGCGACAAAAUGGUCAAUCAAAGUGCAAGCACUACAACAGGAAAGGGGGUACAGCGCGUUUCCUAGCUUUAGUGAUCUCGUCACAGAAGUAUGUUUUCACGCCGAGCGAAUGAACAUUCCUCAACUCACACCGACCAAGCAUUCUAGCACUCCAACUCCCAUACAAACGCACCGCAAGCCACAAGAGCGCAUUCACAAUGUACUCCUAACUAAAACCGAGGCCCAAAAGAAGGAAGCAUUGGUUAAACACACAGAAAAAAAGGUCUGCCCGUACCAUAACAACGCAGCGUCGCACAACCUAACUGAAUGUAAAAGGUUCAAAGAACUCCCAUAUGAAGAAAGGCUAGAGUUCCUAAAAUCAAAUGGGCUAUGUUUUAAAUGCACAGGAAAACACUUUCGUAAAGACUGUGAAGAAACUCCUCCCCGAUGCGAGGCCUGCAACAAGAACCACCUAACUUUGCUUCACGAAGACAGAAGCGCCCCCGCUAAACCUGCACCCCCUAGCCCCCCAGAAGCAUCAGCAACAUGCACACAAGUCUGCGGAGGGGAGGGGACCGGUAGGUCGUGCGCCCGAAUAGUCCUCGUCAACCUCACACAUGAGUCACAGCCACACAAAAAACAGCUCACAUACGCCGUCCUCGAUGAUCAAUCGACAGACGUAUUCAUCACGGAUAGUCUAUCAAGAUUGCUAGGAAUAACAGCACCGGAGCUCGACCUAAAGGUCAAUACUAUAGUCGGCUUCAACACAAUUCGUACAAAAAAGAUAACUGGUCUACGAAUUCAAGAUAUCAAAAACGAACACGCGCACGUCAGGAUUCCGUAUGCAUACACACGCGAGUACAUCCCCGCCGCACAAAGCGAUAUCGCUAGUCCCGAAGUAGCGAAGCAGUGGACCCACCUCGCACCCAUCGCAGACCAGAUCGCAUACAGACCGGACAUAGAAAUCGGACUACUCAUCGGUCGAAACGUCCCGGCGGCCUUCCAACCAACUGAAGUGAUAGCAGGAAGCCCUGAAGAGCCCUGGGCCGAGAAGUACAAGUUUGGUUGGACGGUAAUCGGUCGAGUGUGCAAAGACAGAGAUGAUGACGUGACAGCUCGUGUGAAUUGUGUGACGGUAGAGAGAGAAGUCCUACUCGAGCACAACGCUUCAAGCGAUACUACCGUACCGCCGCCCUUCGUCCGCACGACACCAUCCAAAGACAUGACAAGCCCGCAGCAAAUACGCCAAAUGAUGGAGCUUGACUACACAGAACUCCACCACGACCGAAGUAAACAAAGACAAGGAAAAACAGAAUCAAGAGAGGACAUACAGUUUAACAAUAUAAUGGAGAUAGGUCUACACAAGAACGAGAAUGGAAACUGGGAGGCACCCCUACCAUUCAGAGCAAACGAGGUACACCUACCAGACAACAAGAAGCACUGUCUACACAGGCUCCUCUCACUCAAACGGAAACUUCUUGGUAAUGACAAGCUUAGAAACGAUUACAUCGCCUUCAUGAAAAAGGUUAUUGACCGUGGUCACGCAAGCCGAGUCCCCGUCGACCAGUUGCGUACCUCCCCUGGCAAAGUGUGGUUUCUCCCCCACUUCAAUGUACAGCACCCUCGCAAGAAAGACCUCCGCGUGGUGUUCGACUGCAGUUCAGUAUACGAGAACGAGUCCCUAAACAAGAACUUAUUACAAGGACCCGACCAGCUGAACUCACUCAUCGGCGUCCUCAUGCGCUUCCGAAAAGAAGAAGUAGCCUUUACCUGUGACAUCGAGCAAAUGUUCCACAGUUUCUAUGUUAAUCCGGAGCACAGAGAUUUCCUGCGCUUCCUGUGGUUCGAAGACAGCGACUUAACCAAGCCAAUAGUAGAGUUCCGCAUGGACGUGCACCUGUUCGGCGCAGCAUCGUCGCCCGCGGUCGCAAACUACUGUCUUCACCAGACCGCAGAAACAGGCAGAGAAAAGCACGGAGAUGACGCAGCAGAGUUCGUACGCCGAAACUUCUACGUGGACGAUGGUCUCAAGUCCCUUCCCACAACAGAACAGGCCGUGCGCACUAUCAAAGCCACACAAGCAAUGUGCGCGGACGCGAACCUGCGACUCCAUAAAUUUGCCAGCAACAGUAAGGAAGUUUUAGAAGCACUACACCCUGAGGAUCGAGCCAAAGACCUCAAAGACCUAGACCUUAACCACGACAGCCUACCAGUCCAAAGAUCGCUCGGUACUUACUGGUGUAUAGAGUCGGAUACACUAGGAUUUCGUAUCGAGCUAAGAGACAAGCCUCUUACAAGACGCGGUAUACUCUCCACCGUCAGUUCAGUGUACGACCCCUUAGGAGCAGUGUCCCCCGUCAUCCUUACCGGGAAACAGAUUCUACAGGAGCUCUGCAGUACCCAUACAGACUGGGACGAGCCCCUCCCCGAAGACAUCCGACCACGCUGGGAAAAAUGGCGCUCAGAGUUACCGCUUCUCGAGAACCUCAAGUUCCCCCGAUGUCUCAAGCCUCCUAACUUUGGCACUCUGACUUCUACUCAAGUCUGCAACUUCUCAGAUGCUUGCCACAACGGAAUCGGACAAGUCUCAUACCUACGCAUGGUUAACGAGAAAGGAGAAGUCCACGUAAGCUUUCUAAUGGCAAAGUCUCGAGUGGCACCCCUCAAACAAAUCACAAUACCCCGGCUGGAACUCACGGCAGCAGUAAUAUCCGUGAACGUUUCAAGCAUGGUCGAGCUUGAGCUAGACCUACAACCCACACCACAGCGCCUCUAUUACACCGACUCGGAAAUAGUCCUAGGCUACCUUAACAACGACGCUCGCCGUUUCCAUGUGUAUGUCGGCAAUCGUGUGCAGCACAUCAGAGAUCAAAGCGAGCCAGAACAAUGGUACCACGUGCCAGGAAAAGAAAACCCAGCAGAUGAAGCAUCUAGAGGAAUGACAGCCGCACAACUUAUCGAAAAUAAGCGUUGGUUCAGCGGACCACAUUUCCUUUACGAGAACCCCACACCAAGCAACCAGAAGCCGUCAUCUCAGCUAGAUCCAGACGAUGCUGAGUUACGCAAAGAAGUCUCUGUCCUCUCAACUAGUACCACUAUGCGUACACAGUACUUAGAUACGAAGCACUUCUCACACUCGUCUUCUCUACUGCGCCUCAAGCACGCAAUCGUUCGCAUCCAACGGAUGAUAGAGAGACUACGCCCAAACAAGACACACAACUGGCGACCGACAAAUGGCGCGUCUACAGUAAAGGAGCUAUGGGAAGCAGAGAAGUGUCUAUUCAAGACCGCACAAGCCACCACUUUUGAGAACGAAAUAGAUACACUGCAAAGAAUGAAAGGAAACAAUAGCAAGUUCGAAGAUCGCAAAAGCGCGCGCGAUCGCAACAACAUCAUCAAAGCCACCAGCAAUAUCUACAAGCUAGACCCGUUCAUAGACGACGAAGGUCUACUACGAGUUGGUGGUCGUCUGAGAAAUGCUGAAGAAGAAUACCAACUAAAGCACCCUCUCAUCCUACCAAAAGAUCAUCACGUGACUACUCUAUUAGUCCGCCACUAUCACCAGAGGCAGCAGCAUCACCAAGGCCACGGCAUGACCCACAACGCCAUACGGCAAGCAGGAUACCAUGUCGUAAACGGUAGAUCUGCUAUUGCGCACAUUAUCGCGAAGUGUGUUACCUGCCGCAAGUUCAGAGGCAUCACGCAAGGUCAGAAGAUGGGCGACCUCCCAACAGAACGCGUGACACCAUCAUCACCAUUCAGCUAUUCCGCAAUGGAUGUAUUUGGUCCAUUCUACGUGAAGGAAAGACGAAGCGAAGUAAAGAGGUGGGGUUUGGUGUUCACAUGUAUGGCCUCUAGAGCGAUCCACCUGGAAACGCUAAAUAACAUGAGCACAGAUUCGUUCAUCAACGCUCUUAGAAGAUUUAUCGCACGCAGGGGCAAGGUCCGCGAAUUACGCUCGGAUCGGGGCACAAACUUCGUCGGAGCAAGCAACGAGCUCAAAACAGCCCUCCAAGAGAUCGACCGAGAAUCCGUCAAGUCAUUCCUAUCCACCCAACAGUGUGACUUGAUAGAUUUCAAAAUGAACGUUCCGCAAGCUUCUCACAUGGGAGGGGUAUGGGAGCGCCAAAUUCGCACAACUCGCUCAGUGCUAACAUCACUACUUUACGAACACGGUCGUCAGCUGGACGAUGAAUCUCUUCGCACUCUUAUAACAGAAGCUGAGAAUAUCGUCAACAGCCGCCCACUCACAGUGGAGAACCUGUCAGACCCUCUAGCAGAAGAACCUCUGACACCAAAUCAUCUCCUCAUGCUUAAAACCCAAGUCAUCCUCCCGCCCCCGGGCAACUUCGAGCACCCCGACCUGUACUCCAGAAAGCGAUGGCGCACAGUCCAAUAUCUAGCCAACCAGUUCUGGCUACGGUGGCGACGAGAGUACUGCACACAGCUCCAGAGUCGCCAAAAGUGGAACAAGCCACAGCCUAAUCUACGAGAAGGAGAUGUCGUCCUCAUGACAGACCCAGAUCUACCUCGUAACCAGUGGCCGCUCGCCAUUAUCUCCAAGGUGUUCCCAAGCAAAGACAACCUAGUGCGCAAAGUCCAAGUGACUACUGCUAAGGACGGACAACACAAGUGCUUCGAGCGUCCCGUCCACAAGCUUAUCAUGCUAUUAGCAAGGGAAGAUUAGUCAGCUUAGUCCAAGAAACAAUGAACACUUUCCAAAUUUCAAGAUAUAAAGGACAUUCUCAGUAAUUCUUAUAUAGCUAAAAUAUACCAGCUUCAUUUAUAACAAGCAAACAACCAUAAAUCAAAUUUAGGCUAUCAAUUAGUAAUUUUCAAUCAACAAAUCAUAAAUUCCUUAUCAUGAUUAAUUAAACAAAAAUAAGCAAUCAGCUAGCAUCGCAAUUCAAUGCUUAGGAUAUAAACAUCUUUUAUGCAAUUUAUACUCUAUUUUCAUAAUAAAUGUAGGCACAUUUAGGGAAGCAGUGUAACGGCAUCCGCAUGCCAUGGAUAACCCCUUAGUUAUUUUUAGUCAUCUCAUUACGUCACCAAUCAAUGUAACGCUAGCGAUCACGUGACCUUAGCUUUAUAAACGCAGCAAACUUGUAAAGCCCCUGAGGCUCACAGAAAUUCGACGGGUUCACACGGGUUUAAAUUAGCGCCGCCCUAGGCCAAACUCGCUGUAAAGCUUACCAAGUUCUUACACGCAAUAAAACCCUAGCCUUGUGGAA